AUGCCAAGAGGUUUCGUGUGCCAACUUCAUUAUCACGGAGGUGGCUCUUUGCUUUGCCAAACUUCCACGGGAGAUUCGUGGCAGUUGCCUUUUGCUCACGCCCCGCCACACGUGCGGAUUGGCCACACCGUGACGUUUUCACUAGCUGCGGAUCGGGCAGAUUUUGCGGUGGAUCUGGAGAUAAUCAAGGAGAAAGCUACAAUAUCUUCAGCAACUGCAGAGGUGGGAUUGCGAAGUAUCCAGGAGAAAGCAGCAAAGCCUGCGUCCUCCUUUGCAAAACAACCUACCAGGAAGCUGCAACGAAGUAUCGCCAGAUUUCACAAUGCAGAUUUGGAAGAAAGGCUUCAGAUGAUUGAAGCUGCGGAAAGUUUGCUCAGUGACUUGUUGAAUGCGGUCGAGUUGGAUGGUGAUGCCAUCUGCAAGUUGCUAUGUCGCUGUGCUGGAUGGCUUCAUGCACCAGGCUCCUUCGAAGCGAAGCACGUAGCAGCCAAGGUUGCUGCAAGCCAGGUUGCCACGGUUUCUCAGCCUAGCGACUUGCAGGGUCGGGUGAUCUCGGCUUUGAAUUCCUUAGAUUUGCGCGACAUCACAACCUACCAGGCAGUUGAAACAGCUGUGCUGUACAUUUUUGAGCUGAUGCAGGACAAGGAUAUCUUCUUCUCUGGGAACGGAAAAUCGCUUGCUGUGAGACAAUGGCGGCAACUUCGACAGUUGCUGGUCACAGACGAUGCACAGCAUGGCCCAACAAAACGGAAAGCAUCAGAUGACGCACCUGAAGUCCUCAAAGAGAGGGUUGCCAGAAGGAUUGUAGCAAAGGAUAGGUCGGCGGUCGUUGACGGCCUGUAUCGCCCCAAUGAACGCGUCAGGAGUUUGCCAUCCGUUUAUGAGGCCCUUGACCAAGUUGUCCUGUUGAAAUGCUCCAACUGCGUGGAGCGUAUCAGCACCAGAAGUCGCUGGGAAAGAGGUGUCCUUGGAUUUCUUUGGAUGGCACCUACACUUGCUUGGACAAAUUUAUCCACUUGGAUUUUUGCCACCACAACUGCCAACGGUCAAUUUGCAAGCAGUGCGGUGGGACUAGCAUUUGCCUCCAUAAUCGCCAAAGAACGUUGUGCAAAGAUUGUGGUGGUAGUGGGAUUUGCGCUCACAACCGCCAACGGUCAUUUUGCAGCGGUGGCAGUGAAAUUUGCCCUCACGGCCGCCAACGGUCGCGUUGCAAGGAGUGCGGUGGCAGUGAAAUUUGCCCUCACAAUCGCCGCCGGUUUGGCGGACAUCAGUCGUUUCGUGUGCCAACUUCAUUAUCACGGAGGUGGCUCUUUGCUUUGCCAAACUUCCACGGGAGAUUCGUGGCAGUUGCCUUUUGCUCACGCCCCGCCACACGUGCGGAUUGGCCACACCGUGACGUUUUCACUAGCUGCGGAUCGGGCAGAUUUUGCGGUGAAUCUGGAGAUAAUCAAGGAGAAAGCUGCAAUAUCUUCAGCAACUGCAGAGGUGGGAUUGCAAAGUAUCCUGGAGAAAGCAGCAAAGCCUGCCUCCUCCUUUGCAAAACAACCUACCAGGAAGCUGCAACGAAGUAUCGCCAGAUUUCACAAUGCAGAUUUGGAAGAAAGGCUUCAAAUGAUUGAAGCUGCGGAAAGUUUGCUCAGUGACUUGUUGAAUGCGGUUGAGUUGGAUGGUGAUGCCGUCUGCAAGUUGCUAUGUCGCUGUGCUGGAUGGCUUCAUGCACCAGGCUCCUUCGAAGCCAAGCACGUAGCAGCCGAGGUUGCUGCAAGCGAGGUUGCCACGGUUUCUCAGCUUAGUGGGCCUAGCGACUUGCAGUGUCGUGUGAGACGUUUGUUGAUCUCGGCUUUGAGUUCCUUGGAUUUGGGGGACAUCACAACCUACCAGGCAGUUGAAACAGCCGUGCGACACAUUCUUCAAUUGAUGCAGGGGAAAGAGACCUUGUUUUGUGGGAACGACAAGUCGCUUGCUGUGAGACAAUGGCAGCAACUUCAACAGUUGCUGGUUGCAGACGAUGUGCAGCAUGGUCCGUCGAAACGGAAGGCAUCACAUGAAGCACCUCAAAUCUUGACGGAGCAGGCCACUAGAAGCCAGGACAGGAUGGCCAUCGAACCUGCUGGAAGUCGCUGGGGAAGAAAAGUCGUUGGCUUUCUUUGGAUGGCACGGACACUUGUUUGGACAACUUCGAACACUUGGAUUUUUGUAACCACAAUCGCCAACGGUCGAGAUGCCCGGAGUGCGGUGGCCGAUUUCUUUGCCCUCACAAUCUCCAAAGGUCGCAGUGCAAGGAGUGCGGUGGCCGCGGCAUUUGCCCUCACAAUCGCCGACGGUCUGUGUGCCAUGAGUGCGGUGGGGGUAGCAUUUGCGCUCACAGUCGCGAGCGGUACAGGUGUCCAGUGUGCAAGACUCAAACCCGGAAAUAUCAGGGAUGAGAUGCCCCCGUUUCCUUGUAGCCACGAAGCAGCACGAUGUUCUGACAGCGCAAAGAUGCCCAGCUUCGUGUGCCAACUUCAUUAUCAGGGAGGUGGCUCUUUGCUUUGCCAAACUUCCACGGGAGAUUCGUGGCAGUUGCCUUUUGCUCACGCCCCGCCGCAUGUGCGGAUUGGCCACGCCGUGUCGUUUUCUCUGGCCACGGAUCGGGCAGAUCUUGCUGUUGAUUUGGAGGUAAUCAAAGAGAAAACUGCCAAACCUUCAGCACAUGCAGAGAUGGGACUGCAAAGUAUCCAGGAGGAAGCAACAAAGCCUGCACCCUCGUCAGCCAAACAACCCUCCAGGAAGUUGCAACGAAGUAUCACCAGGUUUCACAAUGCAGAUUUGGAAGAAAGGCUUCAAAUGAUUGAAGCUGCGGAAAGUUUGUUCAGUGACUUGUUGAAUGCGGUCGAGUUGGAUGGUGAUGCCAUCUGCAAGUUGCUAUGUCGCUGUGCUGGAUGGCUUCAUGCACCAGGCUCCUUCGAAGCGAGGUACGUUGGCGAGGAGCAGGAAAAGGAUGAGCGUGAGUAG